AUGCUCGCACUUCUGGCCAAGCGGCGUCAAGAAGUAACCUGGGCCUUGCUGGCAACCGUGUCCGCCAACCUGGAGAAUGCCCAAGCCCGCGGCUACACCAGGAAGCAGCAAGUGCUGCAGAUGCUUCUUGCCGAGGUGAAGAAGGUUCUUGCGAGCCAGCAGCCGACUCCACAGACUGUGCCGCUGCCCAUGCCGCCCUUGGAUGCAUCUCCGCUUUGGCGCGGUGACAAGGGCGCCUCACGCCGACUGCUCUACGCGGUCACGACGCUCCUGGAGACACAAGGCUAUGCCAUUUGUGACCACUUCGCUUCACCCGAGGAUGUGCGACUUCUCGCUGAGGAGCUGGCUGCCUACGACAAGGAUUUCGAGACUGCCAAGAUAUGGGUGGGAAAACAGGCAUCCGGGGCCCAGCUCUCUGUUCCCACAGUUCGCUCUGACCGGAUCUUCUGGGUUUGUGGCGAGCACCGAACGCCUGCUCGGGAGAUGCUUUGGGACUCUGCAGGAAAGCAGCCCACCGUUGGACUGGCUCCUUGCCGCCCGGAGGUUGUCAUGGAGAAGGCCACCCAUGGCUUCCCACGGCUGCGCUCCACGAUGAACCGUGUGGACGACUUCGUGCUCCACGGGCUUGCGAAGCAUGUGGGCCGCCUUGCUGGUCUGGCGGAGCGCUCGGACGCCAUGGUCAGCAUCUACGAAGGAGGGGCGCGCUUUCAGAAGCACGUGGACAAUCCGAACAAGGACGGCCGGGUUCUGACGUCCAUCGUCUACUUGAACUCUGGCGAACCUUGGGGUGCAGACGACGGCGGCGAGCUGCGGAUGUUCCCGGAAGGUGAACCGCCCUUGGAUUUCACUCCGGAGACGGGCCGGCUGGUGCUUUUCUGGGCAGAUCGGCUACCGCACGAGGUGCUGCCUGCAAAGCGGCGCCGGAUGGCUUUGACAUAUUGGUGGUUCGACCGUGCCGAACGUGAAGCCAAAGUGCAAGAGCUUGCGGAUGAGGUUGGGAACCAGCACCUGAAGGUCUCUGAGGAAAGCAUGGCUCAGGACUUCAUUGCCUUCAUGCUCAGUGACACAUCGUCCCCGGCUGAAAUUGUCCGCAAAGCGCACAAGCUUCCCGAGAAGGCUCUGUCCACUGUGGCCACAGUUGUCGGCGCGUCAGAUGCCCAGGAAGCGCUGGAGGGUAUCGGGCGGCUCAAAGACUCCGACCUCGCCCGACUGCGCGGCUCCAUGGGCAAGAUGGGGCUGCGGUAG